AUGUCCGAAGCCACCGAACUGACCACCUUCAAUCUCAGUCGUGCCCUCAAGGAUGGAAUCAUGCACCGCUGCUUGUCGCGUCUGAAACCCCACCUCACGGAGGCGAACAAGCAAGAGCGCCUUGCCACUGCGGGGUCCAAGGCCGGCACCAUGCCCGAAGUCGAGAUUUUGGGCAUGUGGGACAUCGUGCAUCUUGAUGAGGAGUGGUACAAGGUCUUCCGCAAGACGUAUCUGGUGGAAGGUGAGGAUGUUGGAUUCCGUGCUUGCAAGUCCAACUGCUUCGUUCCGAAGCUCAUGUUUCUGUGUGCGUUCGCUCGGCCGUGCGAAGAGGAUGGCUUUGAUGGAAAGAUCGGCAUGUGGCCAUUUGUUUCCCAAGCCCCCGCUGUACGCAAUUCACGCGAUCGACCUGCUGGAACGAUAGUGACAACCGUCAUAAAUGUUGACGCCGCCACGUACCGCGAUUAUGUGCUCAACAGAGUUGUACUUGCCGUCAAGGAGAAAUACUGUAACUCCAACAAGCGAGUCGUGUUACAGCAUGACAACGCUACUCCCCACCGAUCGAUCGACGAUGCGGCUCUCGCGCAAGUUUCCACCGACGGUUGGACGUUUGUGGUUCGUCGGCAGCCUCCAAACAGUCCGGACCUCAACGUGCUCAACCUCUAA